GAAAAGGGGGGGUACAUAUUUUUAACAUUUUCGCCCUCAUUUUAUGUUUCUGCUUUUGUGAUAAACCGUUGCUCAUGCUCUCUUUCAGCGAUGGUACAUGUUACUGGCCAAGGGCUUCGAUAUCCAGCGACGAUCAACUAUCCUUUCGAGAAAGGUCCACUUAGCCCAAGAUUUCGGGGUGAACAUGUAUUAAGACGAUAUCCGUCUGGUGAAGAGCGGUGUAUUGCAUGUAAACUAUGUGAAGCGAUUUGUCCAGCUCAGGCAAUUACGAUCGAAGCCGAAGAACGUCCUGACGGUAGCCGUCGCACGAUCCGUUAUGAUAUCGACAUGUGCAAAUGCAUUUACUGUGGCUUGUGCCAAGAAGCGUGUCCUGUGGAUGCAAUAGUCGAGGGUCCCAACUUUGAGUUUUCGACCGAAACCCGUGAAGAACUGAUGUACAACAAAGAGAAGCUCUUGAACAACGGCGACAUAUGGGAAGUGGAGAUUGCUGCCAACAUGCAAGCUGACUAUCUCUAUCGGUGA